AAUCGAUCUCUCUCCUUCGCCUAAUCUGCUCCCUUCCUCCGAUUCAAAAAAAAAAAAAAAUCCACCGAAACCUCGCCACCCUCCGCCGCCGCCGCCAUGGUUGCGAACCCCAUCCUCCUCCUCGGGCCUCCGAUCGCCGUCCCAGAUGGAGGCGGCGCAGCCGCCGCGGUCCAGGUGACGUGGCUCUCCGGGCGGCCGCUCACCUCGGGCGACCCCUGCCUCGACUUCUUCUUCCAGAUCGUCCCCGGCGACACCGAGGUCGCCAGGGUCGGCGAUCUCCUCGACGCCGCGUGGGUGCGCGACCCGCUCACGGCGCUCAAGCUCGUGUGCCACCUCCGCGCCGUGCGGGGGCUCGGCAAGGCCGACCGGGAGGGAUUCUACGCCGCCGCGCUCUGGAUGCACGACCACCACCCCCGCACGCUCGCCGCCAACCUCGCCGCCUUCGCCGAGUUCGGCUGCUUCAAGGACCUCCUCGAGAUCGUCUACCGCGUCCUCCACGGGCCCCGCGACGAACACAAGGAGGAGGAGGAGGAGGGCGAUGACCAGACCGAGUCCGAGGAUGGCCGCCGCCGCCGCCCCCGCCUCCGCUUCAAGCGCCGCUGCAUCGACCAUGCCGAGGCGGCGAAGGCCAGGCUGCAGAAGGAGGCGCAGCUCGCGCAGUCCGUGCUCUCGCGGUACGGCUCGGACGUCAGCUUCCGCUUCCUCUACGACGGCGUCGCCGACACGUUCGCCGAGCUGCUCAAGUCCGACGUCGAGCACAUGCGCGCCGGCGAGAACGCCAAGAUCGGGCUCGCGGCCAAGUGGUGCCCGUCUCUCCGCUCGUCGUACGACCGGGCGACCCUGCUCUGCGAGGCCAUCGCCCGCCGCAUGUUCCCGCGCGAGUCGAGCCAGGAGUACCUCUUCCUCUCCGACGAGCACUACGCCUACCGCGUCCGCAACCGGCUCCGGCGCGAGGUGCUCGUGCCCCUGCGCAAGGUCCUCGAGCUCCCGGAGGUGUACAUGACCGCGGGCAAGUGGGAACAGAUGCCCUACGCGCGCGUGCCGUCCGUGGCGAUGCGGCAGUACAAGGGGGCGUUCGAGAAGCACGACAAGUCGGGCGUCGCAGGCUUCCUGGACGAGGUGCGCACCGGGCACGCGCGGCUGCAUGUCGGCGCCGCAAUGCCGCACGAGCUGGUGGCCGCUGCACUCAAGGGCGAGCACGACGAGGCCGCCGAGCUCCAGUGGCGCCGCAUGGUGUCCGCGCUGGCGGCGGGCGGGCGGCUGAGCAACUGCAUCGCGGUGUGCGGGCUGUCGUCGGGAGGCGACGUGGCGAAGCCACCGGGCGCGGCGGCCGUCGCGCUGGGGCUGCUGAUCUCGGAGCUGAGCCAGGAUCCAUGGAAGGGGCGGGUGAUCACCUUCGACGCGACGCAGCAGCUGCACAAGGUGUGCGGCGCGACGCUGGUGGAGAAGCUCCGGUCGCUGGCGGCGCCCGUGCGCGCCGCCCCCAAGGGCAGCAGCCUGAACCUGCAGGGCGUGUUCGACCGCAUCCUGACCGUCGCGACCUACGGCGGGCUGGCCAAGGACAUGAUGGUGAGGAGGGUGUUCGUGCUGAGCGACAUGGAGCUGAACGCCAGCGCGUGGCGGGUGCAGGACGAGCUGAAAACCAUCAGGUCCAAGUUCACGGCGGAGGGGUUCACGGCGCCGGAGGUGGUGUUCUGGAACGUGGGCGCGCCGGCGUCGGCGCCGGUGGUGGCUACCGAGGCGAACGCGGCGGUGGUGAGCGGCUACUCCAAGAACCUGGUGAGGCUCUUCCUGGAGUGGGACGGCCAACUCACGCCGGCCGCCGUCAUGGCUGAUGCCAUCUCCGGCCCGGAGUACGACUCGCUCGAGGUGGUGGACUGACCGAAUCCAUCCUCUGCUUCCGUAUGAUAAGAGACGAUCAGUAGUAGCUUGUGUGAGUGAGAUCUAGUGAGUGUUUUCUGCACUUUGAAUGGAAUGAGUUUGCUGGAUGCUUAAUUUGGUUGAUCUAAUGAAUGAAAUCUAGUGAGAUAUCA